GGAGAAAGCAGGGAACACUGUUAACAGUCCGCAGAAGACUUCUGGCUGGAUGAACAGUGGGAAGAUUGCUCCUUACAUUGGUUGUCAGUGGUAAGAAUGUUCCUUACAUUGGUGAUCAAUGCGAAGAAUGCUGUUUAUGCUGGUGGUCAGUGGGAAGAAUGUUGCUUACAUUGGUGAUCAGUGCGAAGAAUGCUCCCUAUACUGGUGGUCAGUGGGAAGAAUGUUCCUUACAUUGGUGAUCAAUGCGAAGAAUGCUGUUUAUGCUGGUGGUCAGUGGGAAGAAUGUUCCUUACAUUGGUGAUCAGUGCGAAGAAUGCUCCCUAUACUGGUGGUCAGUGGGAAGAAUGUUCCUUACAUUGGUGAUCAGUGCGAAGAAUGCUCCCUAUACUGGUGGUCAGUGGGAAGAAUGUUCCUUACAUUGG